CCGAUUUUUACGAUACCUACCGAAGUGUCGAGCUUUUCUACCGAAACUCGAUUCUCGGACCUGGCAACGCUGCAGACAUACGACGUAACCCUACUUUCUGUAAAACAAUAUUUUUGUUUAGAUUCUUAAAUUAUUUACACUAUUUUUCGGAUAAACUGCAACUACAGCCAUGUAUUCUAAAGCUAAAGAAAUUGACGAUGGCCCUGCUGAAUUGGAAUCGCAAUUUGUCCUCAGGAUGCCCAUGGAACCCAGCAAAGCCCUACGAGACACUCUCCGUAAUUGUGAAACGCUUAAGGACCGAUUUAACAUAAAAAUUGAGAACGAUAUGAGACAUGCGGAAGUCCGACUUGACCACUGGCUUCUGCCGGGCAAAGUGGUUGAUUUACCCACUGUAAUAGAGUCUCUCAAAACUAUUGAUGGUAAAACCUUCUAUAAAACGGCGGAUAUUUGUCAAAUGCUGCUCUGCAAGGAGGAGGAAGAUCAGGUAACCGAUGAGGAAAGCACGCAGAAGAAAAAGAAAGAUUCGAACAAAGUUGAUAAAAAAUAUCUAUGGCCCCAUGGAAUCACUCCACCAGCAAAAAAUGUCCGGAAGAGGAGAUUUAGGAAAACUCUUAAAAAGAAGUAUGUGGAAGCACCGGAGAUUGAAAAAGAAGUUAAGAGACUGUUGCGAAUCGAUAACGAUGCUGUCAGCGUAAAAUGGGAGGUAAUUAAUGAGGAUGAUGAAAAUAAAGUGAACAAAGGAACGGUUUUGAUCAAGAAGGAAGUGCUGGAUCCUGAGCUGCAACCCAAACUAGCUGAGGACGAUAUUUUCGGAGGUGCGGUAAGCGAUUCUGAAGACGAAGAUGCUCAUCUCAAUGUUUUGGAUGUGAUCGAUGAAAAUAGCCAAAAUUCCGGAGAAGAUAGCCAUCUAACGGAUUCUAAUUCGGUGCUGAACACUUCAGACCAGAAAUUGAUUACAGAAUUUUCAAGUGAAAUGUUCGAAGCGUCACCAACCAUGCUGCAAGAGGUGGAUUAUUAUGGGCAGAUGUCUUCAAACAUGAGCUUUUCCGAGCCCAGUAUGUCGUUUGCAGAGCCAAACUUAAGUCGAGGGACAAUUGAAGGCAAGUUGGAAGAACUUAAUGCGAAGCUCAAUGCUAUUAAGUCAAGGCGAAUGGAACAAGAACUGAAAAUAGAGAGUAUAGAAAAUCUCUCUUUGAGGCAACGAUUUCAGGGAAUUGUUGAACAACUUUUGCAAGACCAAAUUGAGAAGGAACAUGAUAUUUAUCAGUUGCAAGAGUUGCUCAAACAACUGGACUAAGCGUUUAGCUCUAACAAGUAAAUAUUAAUUAUUAAGGGGCUACUAAUUAAUUGUGAUCUUCAUACAGAUUUAGUAAUUUCUUUAUACAUUCACAUAGAAACAUAUACUUGAUUUUUAUAUUGUAUUCCAUAUUUAUAUUGUUUAUUCUACAUUUUUGCAAACUUUCUCAAUAUCUGUAAAUUUAUAAGAAAACCCAUAAUUGGGACUUAUGUAUAAUUCUACAUUUUGCGAAACAACAAAUUUUCGCUUCCCAUUUUAAUUGCUUGUAAUUGAAUUGUACGGUUUAUUCUACUUUUUACAUAAGAAAACGAAAUGAGAAUUAAAAGUAAAUCCUAUAGGAAUAUGACUCGGAAAUAUGAGGUAAACGAUAUGUUUUGUAAAUUACUGUAAUGAAUGUAAUUCUAGAGCGAAAAAGUAAACAUUAUUAAGUUAUA